GGAAGAGUGAGGCCACCUCCCUCCCUUUCCUCAUUGGUAUGCAGUGUGCAUUGCAGUGUGCGUGCGUGCGUGCAUGUGUGUGUGUGUGUACGAGGAGAGAGAGAGAGAGCGAGAGAGAGAGAGAGAGGUAGCAGUCAGUGCAAUGGGAUAGAGGAGAGCGAGGAGGAGGAGGAAUGAGUGAAUGAGAAGUGGCUGGAUCUGCCUCGCCUGCACGCCUGUCGUCUGCUGCUGAAGCUGGCCACCACCACCGUCACCAUCCGCGCUCUCAGCACCGGUUCUUCCUCCAGCAUCAUCACCACCACCUGCAAGGAAACAAAAAAAGGAAACAGGGGGACCGAGCUCACCACGCGUUCUCCAUCCAUCCAUCACCAAGAGGGACGCAGCAGCAGCAUCAGCAGCAGCAGCAGCAGGAGGAGGAGGAGGAGGAGGGGGCCUGACUCUUACAAUUUAGGCACCAGCUGCUACCUCAGCCGAAUCCCCCUCCACCUUACCCCACAUCCUCACCCACCACCACUCACUCCCCUCCCGCUCCUCCCUAUGCCCUUGUCCUCGGCGGCUCCUCUCACCUCCCUGGCCAGUAUAUGGAUAGAAGCUCCCUGUUUCAGCUCAUACAAGAGCAGCAGUUGGACCCAGAGAACACCGGUUUCAUUGCAGUGGAGAACUUCACCAGCUUGGUGGAGGACCAUGAGCUGCAGCUGGACCCGUCCAAGCUGGACAUGCUGUUAGCCCUCGUCCAGAGCAAUGAAGAGGGACAGGUGUGCUACCAGGAGCUCAUCGAGCUGAUGAGCAGCAAGCGCUCCAGCAGUUUCCGACGAGCCAUCGCCAAUGGCCGCCGCACGCUGCAGAGGGAGAUCCUGCUGGACGAGACGGGGCUGGGCCUGUACAAGCGCUUUGUGCGCUAUGUGGCCUACGAGAUCCUGCCCUGCGAGACGGACCGGCGCUGGUACUUCCACCAGAACCGCCUGUGUCCGCCGCCCAUCUUCAUCGCCAUCGUCACCAUUGUCCAGAUUAUUGUGUUCAUGUGCUACGGCAUCAUGUUAAACAAGUGGGUACUGCAGACCUAUCAGCCCGACUUCAUGAAGAGCCCUCUGGUCUACCAUCCCGGCCACCGUGCACAAGUGUGGCGCUUCUUCAGCUACAUGUUCAUGCACGUUGGUUUGGAGCAGCUGGGGUUCAAUGCUUUACUGCAGCUGAUGAUCGGCGUGCCUUUGGAGAUGGUCCACGGCAUCUUACGAAUAAGUCUGCUGUACAUGGCAGGAGUGCUGGCCGGCUCACUGACAGUGUCCAUCACAGACAUGCGCGCUCCAGUGGUGGGGGGCUCCGGGGGGGUCUACGCUCUGUGCUCAGCGCAUCUGGCCAACGUCGUCAUGAACUGGGCCGGGAUGCGCUGUCCUUACAAGCUGCUCCGCAUGAUCCUGGCACUGGUUUGCAUGAGUUCAGAGGUGGGCCGUGCCGUCUGGCUCCGCUUCUCGCCGCCCCUGCCGUCCUCGGGGCCGCAGCCCAGCUUCAUGGCACACCUGUCGGGGGCCGUGGUCGGCAUCAGCAUGGGCCUGCUGAUCCUGCGCAGCUACGAGGAGAGCCUGCAGAAACAGUGCUCCUGGUGGGUCAUCGUCUUCUCCUUCAUCACCUUCCUCCUCUUCGCCAUCUUCUGGAACAUCUUCGCGUACGAGCUCCUGGGGGUACAGAUCCCACCUCCUCCCUGAUGACGACCCCCCCCCCCCUGCCCGAGACUCUCCUUCACAAACACACUGACUCCGACCCUUCUCUUAACAGGUUCCCGCCCAACCAUUGUUAACGAUCCCCAUUUCCUGACCACUUAGGCCCAAAUGAAAAGAUACAAGAUCAUUCAAACUAAAAUACACCAAGAAUCCUUUUUUUACAGAUACUUUGCAAAUCAAAGAAAUAUGUCUCUUUUAUUAAAGAGGGAUCACAGUAGCAACAAGUACAGGUGAACGCUCCUCAGAUCCAUUUUCGAGGAGCAGUAUCUUUUUAUACACAUUGAGAUCUCAUCCACAUUGCCAGCGCUAUAUCUGUCACCGUCGUUUCUUUGAGUAAAUCUUUCAUACAUGUGAAGACCUCCGGUAGGAAGAGUUGAUGACAUGCGCCUCUGGUGCAAAGCAAAAGGGAUUUAAAAGGGGAAGAACAGCAGGAGCAUGUGCUGUUAAAAGCUAGCAGAUACUUUCUGUCAUUCUUAAAGGUCAGAGAUGAGGAUCAGCAGCAGCUAAACUAAUAGAGAUUCACUAUUUUGCUUAGAGGCACUUAAGCAGAGUAAAGAGAGUUUUUCAGCUGUGCUUCAGGGGAUGAUUUAAUUUCAGGACAUUAAUUUCCAGGGGGGCAGCAAUAAACAAAAACACUGAAGCACCAAUGAGAUUUGAUUGUUAGGAGUUUUUUAAUUUCACAUCCCUGAUGCAAUUCGCAGAACGCACUGUGUUUUUUCUCUGCUGGCGCAUCAACUUAAAAAACAAAAAAGCUAUCAGAGAGUUUUCUCCAAAUUGAGGUGCCGGGUAGCGUUUCCAGCCAAAAUGGAAGGAAAUCAGUCACAUUUCUUUGCCUCAAGAGCAGAUUAAUUUCCUUCCCCAGGGCAGGUGCAGUAAGAAAGGAGGCAAAAGCUUUAAAUGCAAGAUUUCAACGUGUCAUCGUCACGAGUAUCUUUAAGGUGAGAGGCGUCACUGUCAUCGUUUCACUUCAUGGCAUCUUCAAUGACAUUAUACCGACACUGUGGACACAGAAACAUACGUCACUCAACACGAGAGAAGCGGUAAAGAUGGGAAAUCAAAAGUGGCCGUGCGACAGAGGAGGAAAGAGAAAAAAAAAAAAGACGAAGUUUCCUGGAUUAUCAUCACUUCGGCGAGGGAGCGCCUCCUGUCGCCGUGUCAAACGUUAACCACCAACUUAGGUGCACCGUGUAAAAUAUGCCAUGUCAUUCUCUUUGGCUCUCAGCGAGACGAGGACACACACACACACACACACACACACACACACACACACACACACACACACACACACACACACACACACACACACACACACACACACACACACACUUCUCCUCUUUGUCUUUGAGAGCGGACACUGCCUGAUUCUCUAGGUCAACAUCAACAAACUGAAGAGGAAGACUACACAACACACACACACACACAACAAAUAUAUAUAUAUAUAUAUAUAUAUAUAUAUAUUCACAACACGCACACGUACUGGCCUCUGCCUGUUUUCUCGCUCUGACAGACUGAACUGGGGAGGGCGAGGAUGUGUCAUCACCUGACCUCUGACCUUUCGUGUCCCAGAGGGCAUUGGGGAUCUCUCUGUCGGGCCCAGUCCUAUACCUCAGUUUCUCAUUCUUAGGGACUGUAUACUUUUGUAAAGGAAUGUACCUAUGAAGAAAAAAAAGAGUGUUAUUAAGUUGUCCCCUUGUUUUUUCAUUUGAUAGUGGAUGUGUAUAUUGUAUGUUCAUAACCAAGAGUAUAUUUAUUUGUAUUUUUUUCCUCUUUAAGGGGAAAAGAGAAAAACUUCAAAUGGUGCAAAAUUAAUGCUAUGAUUGUUGUUCUUCUGAUAACUCCUGUAUCCUCUGAAAAAAAAAAAAGUCUACGAGGCAAAAUCCCCUGGUUUGUUAGGUGACCACCAAUGACUCAGCUCAGUUGAUUUUAUAAAUCGCUAGUGCUUUACAAACUAAGCCAUAGAAAGAACUAACUAGAGAGGGCAAAAAGUAAAAGAAAGGGUUUGAAACCUGCUGGUAGAAAAUAGUUUCAUCAUCGUGAAUGUUCCAAAGGCGAUAGUUUCAUGUAGCUGGACUCGUUAUUGCAACUUGUUUGUCGUCGAUGCAGCUUCAUUCUCCCCUCUGCACCGUGCGGACGCCUCGCUGCAGUUCACUCCUUUGCUUAUAACAAAUUAUAGACGGGGCUCCUGUCAUACAUCAACUUCAGUUUGAUCCCAGCUUUUGGAAGAAAAAAAAGCCGGGGCGAGGAGAGCAAUUACACUUACUCAUGCUACAUUCCAUAUUUCUGUCUUUCAAUCGAUAACUCAUUUGAAUGUCCACUGGCUGCCUGGGGGGGAAAAAAGAAAUUAUGCAUCUGCCAAUUUUGAUAGUUGGUCAUAAAUACAGUCCUCAGCAUUUGAUUCCACAUGAAAGUGUCAGUAGCAACAGAAGGGUUCUUGCUAAAUGGGGGAAUCAGGAGGAAAUAGCCAGAAAAAAGCCAUUUUCCGAUACAUUAAAAACAGAGAAGAUCAGCCAAUACAAGGCCGUAAUGUAUCCUUGAUGGAAACCUGUGUGUGUACUAGGAAAUAUUAUUGCUUGGGAUAGCAAAGAUACAUUGAUGAAUAAUGCAUACAUACCCCAUAGCCUAUAAUGAAGAUAAAGAGGAUGCCUGAGUGGAGGUUAAUGUGCCUCUUUAACUUAAGAUUCAUAGGAACCCAGAAGGGUUAUAAAAAAGGGCUAGUAAAUGGCUAUGCUUUUGUAGAACACAUCAACUGUGAAUAUUACACCUCCUGGAAGAACACGCAGGACGACUAUGGAAGGCUCGUGAGUUCUUGUCGCCCCUGAACCUGGAAACAGCGAUUCUUGACUGAGUUCUCCUUGUGCAAAGUGUUCCGUGUUUUAUUUUACACAAAAAAAGCAGACGAGAGAAAAUUAUAUCUGAGACAGUAGUUGGUCAUUUUUCUGCAAGCCAGAUCUCCAUGGCCCUGACCUCGAAGAAAUGUCCACAAACCAGGAGAUGCUCCCACAAGCUUUUUAUUUUACCUCCUAGGUAGUUGACGUUUUGGGCACAAGUCACGUGCCUGAAACGUCACCUACCUGGGAUUAUAAUCGUGUCAUUAUUAGUCCUCUUCGUCCCUUGAGGUGCAUAAGGCAUCAACUAUCUGCCUCCAUCUGGGCCUGUCCUGUGUCGGACUUCUCCCCUUGUCAGACCCGUCCAUCUUGGGGCGAUCUUUGGUAUGUGGUUCUGGUCAAUUCUACAUAUGCAUAUUUACAUUUCAGGUUCACAGUCUGAAGAAAGACCUGUGCCCAUAAAAGUUAGCUUUACCUGUGAGGUAAAAUAAAAAGUUUGUGGGAGCAUCAACUGGCGUGCGGAUAGUUCUCGUCUUCGGGUUUUGUCGCUUCUGUCCAGUACCUGUAGUGUGUAACAGGUUUGAAUGUGUGUGCUUUUGUAUACUUCCUGAGCCCGAGCCAGCCAUGGCAGCAACACACCUUCAGACAAACUCACGUCCUCAAAGCCUCUCUUUCUCUCAAGCAUGCAGCUAUGACAGAGAGACAGAGGCCUGACUCUCAUCCUCUCGCUCGACAACACGUGAAGGUUUCGUUUUUUGUGAGGGACGGAGGUGCCAGCACUCUUCACAUUAAAACCUCAACGUGCUUCCCCAUCCUGUCGCGCUCGUGUCACAACAGUGUCAGGAUGAUGCAUGGCUGUGGCGAGGAGACGCCAUUAACAGGAUAUCUUCCUUUAACAAGGGGAUCUGACAGGUUGCAUGAUGUUUAAUUGAAAUGAGUGAAAUGUUUUCUAUACAGUGUAUAAGGAAGGCAUGUGAUCCAUCACUUUGGGUUUACACGCUCCCCUCGACAGGCUCCAUUAUAGACCCGACUGUUGUAAGAGAUGAUGUUUAAAGGUUUAGUGCCAACUCUGAGCAAAAUUCACUGAUACACGGAUCCUUGUUGGCGCGACUGUGCCCGUAAUAUUGUUCAUAUCUGUGGUCGUGUCAUUCCAACUUGCAGCGUACUUGACAUUUCUGCCGCGUCUUAUUUCCUGCUCCUGCGUUUUUAUCAUAAGUGAUCUUUUUUUUUUUUUGCACUUAUAAUAUUGUAGUCGACUGACAUGUUGUCGUGUGCCAUAUUUUCUACUGCCAUUACCAUUCUGUGAUGCUUUUGUACCUCCCUAUGCCAAUCUAUUGUGCUGUUAUGCCCAAUGCCUUGUUAUAUAUAUAUACUGUAUAUAUAUACAAGCUCAAGUCUGAUUGCCAGGCAGAAAGGCUGCUUUGCUGUUAUUUAUUCUUCAUAAUCACAAACAGGAUCCAUGAGAAAAAGACGCUGGGCUGCAAAAACAACUUUAUACCCAGUAGCUGCUCUCAACUGCUGCUUGCCAACAAGCCGGCCAGGUUGCCUUUUCUUAGUGUUUAGUACUACUUGGAUUUGGGUAACUGUCGCUGUAGAGAUGGAUUUUACAACAGGAGUCAUGAGGUGCUGACCAGUGCAUCAAUUCUCACUCGUGGUUUAAGUGAAACCUGCAGUGUUGGUCUAUAGGGAACGUAAGGUCCUUUAAAUGUACAGGCAUUUGGCUUGAGUUCCCAAAUUAUACCGGUUAUUGAUACUGGAUAUCGUCACAGUGUCCGAUUUGUCAUUUGUGCAGAUCCGCAAAUAAAAAUUGUCUUCUGCACAAAAACCAAACAUGCAUCAAUGAAACACAACACCCGAGGAUUGUGAUCAAGUCCACAAUCGAUCCAAACUUACAUGUUUAGAUGAGGAAAGCCUCCGACUGUCCUGGUUGUCAUGUGGAUUAUCUGUGGAUUUCUGUCUGCCGCAGCUGGAAACAGUAAUAAGAGUUUGACUUUUAUAAGAGCAGAUCCAAACCUCCUCCAACGGUUUAUAACAUCACUCAGAGGUUCUCUUUAUGUUCACAAAUACUGCCUGAGCCACUCGAGGUCACGGAGAUAUCACAGGUGGUUUCUUUAAACGCGAGUCGUUUUCCCUCUGACGCUUUAGAAUUCAAAAAAAAAAGAAAAAAGAAGAAAAAAGUCAUAUCUGUGCUGCUGUGGUAGUUUUUCAUGAGCUGCUUACUUGUAUUGACAACAUGGUGCCAAGCUUCAGAGGUUCGACCUCUCACGACCCGACAGGAGGUCGGACCGACACAGCGUUUACAAAAAGAAAAAAAGCAGAAGAACCUAUUUUUCUCUCGGUCAUGAGGAAACUAAAGGAAAACUAAAUUUACAUAUGGAUAAUUUAUAUCAAAGUCCUCAUUAAUUAUUUCACAAUCUAUUGUACUUUUUAAAUGUUCUGAACGGAACCAUUUUAUAUUGUAUAUAUAUGAAUAUAUUUUGUUUUAUUUUGUACUGUUCAUUGUACUUUGCUUUAAUUUAGAAACAAUAUAAAUAAAGAACAAUACUGUGGCAACAUCC